AUGGCCGCACUUGCGCGCGCCACUGUGCACGACCCAAGCGCUACUAUUACCGCUGCCGCGGCCCCCACGCGCCGCUCGCCGCCGAGCCCGCCACUACCGUGCCUGCUCCGGUCGCCGGUGCCUCCCAUAGAUGCCCCCGCGCCAACCCCGCUAGCCCCGCUCCCGCCGUCGCCCGCGUGGCCUCGCCUAGUGCCCCGCCUCCGCCACAACUCUGCUGCCGCGUGCUGCGCAACCGCCCGCGCCUUCGCGCCCCUGCCGGCCGCACACCGCCCCGUCCGGCCGUGCCCCGUGCCCCAUGCCGGCCAUGCCCCCUCGCCGCGCCGCUCCGGCGCCCUGCUGUCGCCGUCCGCUCCACCCUGGCGCCGCUCGCCGCACGCCGCUCCCCCCACCAGCUGCUGUUGGCCCUUCCACACCCAUCCCGCCGCCAUCUUCCUCCAACCGAACUCAGAUCUGGCACAGGUAGCCGCUGCCGGCGGCGUCCGCACCCAAUGCCUCGGACGACUCCUCUCUGCCGUGCAGCCCACCACUCACCACGACCACGACCUCACCUCUUCCGCCCCAUUGUCCAUCUCCUCCGCCACCAACUACUGCAAAUAUGCUGCCAACACCGUUCGUUCCACGACGCCUCUCCUCCUCUGCCGCAGCAGUCCACCACCCAUCAUCACCCCACCCCCUCCUCCACGCCAUCUCCUCCGGCCCCCUCCCCCAUCUCCUCCGAAGUUGGCCGCUGCAAGUACUCUGUCGGCUACGCACUGCUCAUCCCCGGUGGCAGCGCCGCCAGAUGCUACUCAUUUUUCUCCACCGACGGGCUCCAAGGCCACCCCCUUCAGGAGGCACGAAGAGAUGGGUUGGAGAUCAGGCAGGAGAAUAGGGGCUAGGAAAAGGCAGAAAAUUGUCAGGCAAGAUACGUUCUCCUGCAUGUUUCUCACGUUGUGCACACAUAAGGAUGUUGGGCCGCUCAGAUUCCUACAGUGUGUCGUCAUCCUCUACUCCUCUAGCCAACAUCGAUGACACUUCAGUGUUGACGAGAAAGCAUUGCCCCGCACAUGUGGAUGCUGCUUGAUUCCUUUAAUUCUGGACCUCCUUGAGGAAAAGUAGGUCAACGCUUUGCAAAGAUGCAGAUUAUUUGGGCAUGAUAAAUGGUGCUUAUUCCUAUGUUUAUUUUGAUCCUAGGCAUUAGAAGGUUUUACUUAUUGGCUGUUAUGUUACUCUGCUAGGAAUUAGAAGGAUUUCAUUUUCUGUACUAUCUAAAAUCCUAACAAGAGUAUGCCUGUAGCUAGCUUUCAUAUGCUUCUGUUUUGGCAAACGCAACAACAAUGCACCAUGUACUCCUGUGUCCUGCAUAUGGAAGUAAGAAGAAUCUCAGGCACAUCCUACCGAAUUAAGACCAGUCACCCGAGUUCAGCUAAUUGAUUUACACUCUGCAUGGGCACUAUUUAACAUCAUAUUGAAAUUAUUAUUCACCGCAAAAAUAAUAAUAUAGGAUCUAUAUAUGAUUGUCCAGUAAAAUAGAGUAGUCCAAUCCAUAGGCUGAAUUAAAUUAAUUUUGUUUUAUUCAGAAGAACGCAUAUGUUCCAUCACUCUUCAUUAAUUAUAUGGGGUUUUGAUAUUUCCAAGUGGUGCAUUUAAUGGAUUUUGAAAGGAAAUAGGUUGCAUUGCUUUUUGUCCCAUGUAAACUACAUUUUAAUAUAAAGAGAAAGUAAAGAGAAGUACUGCAAGUUAGUCUGUGAUGCCGGAUACAAAAUGAGCCACGACCCCAUAUUUUUCCUGUUCUGCAGUGGACUCGUAAUGUUAGUUUCUCUUUUGGCUUUGAACUAAAACCAUGACACUUAUUUUGGAAUGGAUGGAGUACAUAAUAUAUGGUACAAGAAGCCAUCUACUAUUUCUAUUAGUGAUAUCUUUUCUAGAAUCUUCUACAUAUUUAGAAACAGUAUUCAGUCAAAUACUUCUUACUUCAUUCUGUUUGUCCUGGAACCAUUUAUAAGUGUGUUCAAGCUAUAGUAUGUACGUUAUUUAGAUCUGUUAACUACUGCCAUUUAUCUUGACAUUUAAGUCUUGGUGUGCGUAAUAUAUUGUUGGAAAUAUGCCCUAGAGGCAAUAAUAAAAUGGU